ACAGAGAGGGGAGGUAGAUGGAUGGUGGCGAUGUGGGUGAGUCACUAAUGGGCGUGUCUCUUUCCAGGGUCUCUGGAGGAAUUGCACCCUGCAGAUGCUGGGGAGGGGCUGGAGGAAGGAGAGGAUGCAAAGCCCAAAGCAAAACCAGGGUUCAUCCAGGGUCUGGUUCCACCCAAGAUCCCAGAUGGAGAUAAAGUGGACUUUGAUGACAUCCAUCGUAAGCGGAUGGAGAAGGACCUGACGGAGCUGCAGACUCUGAUCGAGGCUCACUUCGAGAGCAGGAAGAAGGAGGAAGAGGAGCUCAUCAGCCUCACCGACCGCAUCGACAAGCGGCGCUCAGAGAGAGCCGAGCAGGUGAGGAUCAGGACGGAGAGAGAGAGGGAGAGACAAAACAAGCUGGCGGAGGAGAAGGCGAGGAAGGAGGAUGAGGAAGCGAAGAAGAAAGCUGAAGAUGAUGCCAAGAAGAAGAAAGUUCUGACCAGCCUGAACUUCUCUGGGUACAAGACUGAGAAGAAGGGAGGGAUGAAAAAACAGACCGAGCGAGAGAAGAAGAGAAAGAUUCUGAGUGAUCGACGAAAGGAGUUGCAUGUCGAUCACCUGAAGGAGGACAAGCUCAGAGAGAAGGCCGGGGAUCUGUGGCAGUGGAUCCAUCAACUUGAAGCAGAGAAAUUUGAACUUCAGUACCAGCACACUCGUCAGAAAUAUGAAGUCACUGUGUUGAGAAAUCGAGUGAGCGAUCAUCAAAAGAACACCAAGGGCAGCAGAAGCAAGAGAGGUUUGAGGAAGUAGACAUGUUCAUCCUGGACCUGGACCUGGGCCUGGACCUGGGCCUGGAUCUUGGCCUGGGUCUGGGCCUGGGUCUGGGCCUGGGCCUGGGCCUGGGCCUGGGUCUGGGCCUGGGUCUGGGUCUGGGUCACCUCUUUCCAGAAGACCACUCAUCUGCAGCGCCUUCAACAGACAUGUACCUGACUGACAAAUGGAAUGUUUUUCUAAGGGAAUAUUAAUUAAGUACUUAAGCCUUAGACUUGGUUUGUUACUUAAAAAAAACCACUUAUCUUUGUUAUUAAAAC